GGACCGGCGGAGGAGGGAAGCGGGGAUUUGUCAGGCGAACGCUGGGGCGUCGUAGCGCCAGGUCCCCUCAGCGGGGUCCUUCGGCGACGGGGACGGAGGGAGCGGGACGGCGGCCGCGAUGAACCUGGAGCUGCUCGAGUCGUUCGGCCAGAACUACCCUGAGGAGGCGGAUGGGACGCUGGACUGCAUCAGCAUGGCCCUGACCUGCACCUUCAACCGCUGGGGCACGCUGCUGGCUGUGGGCUGCAACGACGGUCGCAUCGUCAUCUGGGACUUCCUCACCAGGGGCAUCGCCAAAAUCAUCAGCGCUCACAUCCAUCCCGUCUGCUCGCUAUGCUGGAGUCGAGAUGGUCACAAACUGGUGAGUGCUUCAACCGACAACAUUGUGUCGCAAUGGGAUGUGCUCUCUGGGGACUGCGACCAGAGAUUUCGAUUUCCUUCGCCUAUCUUGAAAGUUCAGUACCACCCUCGAGACCAAAACAGAGUUUUGGUUUGUCCCAUGAAGUCAGCGCCGGUGAUGCUAACGCUGUCAGACUCUAAACACGUUGUCCUACCUGUGGAUGAUGAUUCUGAUCUCAAUGUUGUGGCCUCCUUUGACAGGCGAGGGGAAUACAUUUAUACGGGCAAUGCCAAGGGGAAGAUCUUGGUAUUGAAAACAGACACUCAGGAUCUUGUUGCUUCCUUCAGAGUGACAACUGGAACCAGCAACACCACAGCUAUUAAAUCGAUUGAAUUUGCUCGGAAAGGAAGCUGCUUUUUAAUAAACACAGCUGACCGGAUAAUCAGGGUGUACGAUGGCCGUGAAAUUCUAACUUGUGGACGAGAUGGGGAGCCUGAACCGAUGCAGAAGCUGCAGGAUUUAGUGAACAGGACGCCAUGGAAAAAGUGCUGUUUCUCUGGUGACGGUGAAUAUAUAGUGGCAGGUUCAGCACGACAGCAUGCCCUGUACAUUUGGGAGAAGAGUAUUGGAAACCUAGUGAAAAUCCUCCACGGGACCAGAGGAGAGCUGCUCUUGGAUGUAGCAUGGCAUCCUGUCCGACCGAUCAUAGCUUCUAUUUCCAGUGGUGUUGUGUCAAUAUGGGCUCAGAAUCAAGUGGAAAACUGGAGUGCCUUUGCGCCUGACUUCAAAGAGCUGGAUGAAAACGUAGAAUAUGAAGAGAGAGAGUCAGAGUUUGACAUUGAAGAUGAAGAUAAGAGCGAACCAGAACAGACAGGUGCUGAUGCUGCAGAAGAUGAAGAAGUGGAUGUAACUAGCGUGGAUCCUAUUGCUGCUUUCUGUAGCAGCGAUGAAGAACUGGAGGACUCCAAGGCUCUGCUUUACUUACCCAUCGCUCCUGAAGUGGAAGAUCCAGAAGAAAACCCCUAUGGACCUCCACCGGAUGCGGUUCAGAGCUCUUUAACUGAUGAGGGAAUAGGUUCUGAGAAGAAGAGGCAGUCAUCCUCUGAUGGACCUCAGGCACCAAAGAAGAAGCCCAAAACCACCAACAUUGAACUACAAGGAGUACCUAAUGAUGAAGUCCAUCCACUGCUGGGUGUGAAGGGAGAUGGUAAAUCCAAGAAGAAGCAAGCAGGCAGGCCUAAAGGAUCAAAAGGUAAAGACAAAGAUUCUCCAUUUAAACCGAAACUCUACAAAGGGGACAGAGGUGCUUUACCUCUGGAAGGAGCAGCGAAGGGUAAAGUGCAGGCGGAGCUGGGACAGCCUUUGACAGUUUUGUAGGGUGUCCCUGGCAGCGUGAGAACUGCAUCUAGAAUAAAAGAAGGAGCAACGUGAAAAUCACAACCCAUCUGUCACCACAGCCCAGCCCCAGCCAUGGCUUGGGACAUUUAGUGUGUGUUUCCUGCUGAGCAUCUCACACCGUCUCUGCCAUGCCAGGGGGACCAGACAUGCUUAAAGACGUCCAGGCGAAGGAGUACUGACACACGCCUCUUGGAAAACCACGUACAGACAAGACUGGAGCUGGGAACCCCUGGAUGCCCUCCUUGUCCCUGGCAGUGAAGACACGCUGGUUCUUCCUCUCUCUGUACAAACUUUGGCUGGUCGGUUCCUCCUGAGUCCUCUCCAGGACAAGGGAGGAGAGAGGAGAACCUGGAUCGUCGCGGUGAGUUCUCAGCUCAGCCACCGCCUCCCUGCACACGCCUGGCAGAUCCCCUCCAUCCCUGCGUCUGCAUCAUCAUCAACUUGACGACUCGAACCUGCCGUUUGCUGGUGUGCAAACCGAUGCUGCCGGUAUCGUUCUGCUUUUGAACUAAUGGGAUGAGCUUGAAGCUUCCUCUGUAGUGUUCAGACACGGGUUUGAUUCUGAUCUUGCUGUUGUGAGCGUGGCUCGGGCAUAGGCACAAGAGGAACAUAAGAACGUGCCUGCCUUCUCCGACACUGUGCCCAGGCCACCCUUUGGCGUGGUGACGAUGUUUCACUGGAAGGUGCCAGUGACCUGGCACUGUUCUCAGUGACUCCGUGUCUCAGAUAAAUGGCAAAUGCUAGCAGACCCGCUGCCACACAGGCUUUAUGGAAAUGGCAGUGCAAAUAAGUAAGAACAAAGCAGAAGCUGCCUGGAAAUCACCUCACUGCAGAAGCGGCUGGUGGGAUAGCGAUCGCCAGCAAGUCUGUUCUCUCCCUGGCACCCUGAGAGACGCCUGGCCCUUUGCAGGGAUGGAGCCACCUCAAGGCAGUGUGUUCCCGGCGCAGUCCCCCUCUGCCUCCACAGUGAUAAGCUCCGAGAUGCUUAGCUAGCCCCGGGAUCCUUCCAUGCUUUGUAAUUGAAUUAAUAACUGUCUUAAAACUGCCAUGCCAACCAGCAAUCUGUUUCCUUCCCUACAGUACACAGCAUGGUCACUAGUUAAAUUAAGUGACUCCAGUAAGUGUGAUGUUUUAUGCAAGAGUAACUUCCAGCAGGGAACGGCCAGCUCAGCUCUCCUGGGCUCGGGGGAAGCAGCUCUUUACCUGUAACUCCUGGGGUUCGUCUCAUGUUCCGGCUGCUCUUGCAUGCGGAGAUGAGGGUGAGACGGGAUGAGGGGCUGCGCUAAUUGGCUCGGUGGGUUCAGAGCAGCUGUCGGCUGCUCCUUGUGUCCGAGCAGCAGCCAAUUACCCAGCCCUCGGCACCGGCAGCGGGGACGUGCUGCUGCGAGGGAGCCGCGUGCAGGCAGGAGCCUGGUGGUCCCCGGUGUCACACAGGGGAGAGGGACUCUAAUACUCUUCCUAAUACUUUGGAAUAAGAGAAAAGCAGCGUUUUGAGGGUUGUAUUCUCUCCAAAUCAGUGCAGGUGCCAUUUUCCUUCUGAAAUAGUUAUAUUCACAAAGGAGAAGCUUGUGUAAGCUGGAAGUCGUCUUGCGGUUGGGUCAGCAAUGGCUGUGCUGAGCGAGUCGCAGCUGGAAAUAACUCUGCUGGCCAGCAGGGAAAAUAAUCAUGAGUUAAUGGAGAAUUAAUAAGAAAGUAGCGUAUGAAUUGUGUUCUGAUAGAUGGUAGUGAAUGGAUUAAGAUGUAACAGCUUUACAUUUUGAGAUUAAUAGGUAGCGUAUGGUAAAUAAUUUCUAUUUAUUUAACAAAUCAAAUAUAUUUUAUUAACACUCACAUGCAUGCUUUCUCUCAUGGGGUGCUCUUUC